GUCUUAAAUUUUGUCUUCAAAUUCAAAAAAUAAAAGCAAUUUUAAAAGCGAUUUAAGGUUUUCCAACAGUCUAACAAAACAAAACAAGUUAAUUUCACAAUGGCCGGUUACAAUCCCGUCGAUUUGGUUGAGGAGGACGCCGCCGAUUUGCAGUUUCCCAAAGAGUUCGAGAACGCCGAAACGCUGCUCAUCAGCGAGGUGCACAUGCUGCUCGAGCACCGCAAGAACCAGAACGAGUCGUCCGAGGAGGAGCAAGAGUUUUCCGACGUGUUCCUCAAGACGUACAACUACACGGGCCUGUUCCGCAAGUUCAAGAACAAGGAGACGAUCGCGAGCGUGCGCAACCUGCUCAUGUCCAAGAAGCUGCACAAGUUCGAGCUGGCCGCACUCGGGAACCUGUGCCCGGAAGCGCCCGAGGAGGCGAAGGCGCUGAUUCCGUCGCUGGAGGGCCGCUUCGAGGACGAGGAGCUGCGGCAGAUCCUAGACGACAUCGGGACGAAGCGCAGCUUGCAGUACUGAAGGGAGGUUCUCAUUUUU